AUGAGUCUGAGCAUCAUGGCCUUCACACUGGUGCUCCUGCUUCAGCUGCUCCUGGUCUCACUGACGUCUGCCUCUCAUCACAUGGGGGGAAUGGCGACCUACACCUACAGAGGAAAAACCUCUGAUGGGAGACAUAUUGUGGACUUUCACAACAGGGACACCUACAGCAGCUGUUCCUCCUCACUUUCCUGGUCUUGUUACCAGGGUCAGUGUGGCUCAAGAGCCAGUACACAGCGUGGGGUAUUAGACAACAGCACCAAUGCUCCGUCUAACGAACAACUUUGGUGUGAAACUGAAACAGUUGAUACAAGAUACGUUUCCAGUGACAAACCUUUUAAAUGGAGGUCAGCUGGCUGUUGUUGGAUUAAGGUGCGUAAUGUAGUUUCUGCAAGUUGGAGGCUUCUGACUUCGGUGGAUUUGGGAACCAGAUCUGACACCCAAGAACCCAACAGAUCACCAGACAUCGCCAUCCUACCUGUCCUAAGAGUUCCUCAGAACUGCCCACGGACCUACAAGCUGACUACCUUUGAUCCUGACGGUGACAAAGUUCGAUGCCGAUACGGAAAUGUCCAAAAUGUGGAAUGUGGCGCAUGUGACCAACCUUCAGGCUUCCACUUAAAUCCGGACUCCUGCACGUUACAAUACAACAACGGCAGUUAUGACUACAGAAGUUACGUGUUUGAGAUGGUGGUGGAAGACUUUCCACGAGGGCACAUCACUCUGCAAUACUCAGACGGAUCUCAAUCCUCCAAGAGUCCAGCAUUGAUGAGGAAAAAGAGGCAGUUACAGUACUCUCCAACUGCAGCACCAACCACAACAACUGCAGCACCAACCACAACAACUGCAGCACCAACUACAACAACUGCAGCACCAACCACAACAACUGCAGCACCAACCACAACAACUUGGACAAACCCGUUCCCUCAUGUCAGCCAGGAAUCUACUUGCCUGAGUUUGUAA